AUGCCGCCGCCGGGGCCGGGGCCGGAGGGCAGCGGGCCGCGCCUGCGCUCCGUCAACACGCGCGAGCUCUCCGAGGUCGUCUUCAACAACCGCAGCCCCCGCUCAGUCCUCCCGAUCUGGGUGGACUUCGAGGGCAGGCCGCGCUACUACCCGAUCCUGCAGCCGCGCACCGGGCGGAUCAUGCACAGCUACCGGGGUCACCUCUGGCUGUUCCGGGACGCGGGGACAAACGACGGCCUCCUGGUCAACCAGCAGGAGCUGUUCAUAGCGGCUCCCAACGUGAACAAAGCAGACAUCACGCUGCCAGUGUUCACCCUGAAAGAGAGAUGUCUCCAGGUUGUUCGCAGUCUGGUCAAACCAAUGGACUACAGGAAGCUGGACAUUGUUCGAUCAUUAUAUGAAGAGCUGGAAGAUCAUCCUGAUAUUAGGAAGGAUCUUCAGCGGCUUUCUCUGGAGAGAAGUGAAACGUUGAGGAACGGAAUUCUGGAAUAACAUGAUUACUCACUCCAGACUCUAAAUACCAAAUCGCAGAGUUUAAGAGGGAUAGUCACUGCGAAACAUGCCAAGAACUAAUGUCUGUAUUUUAAGUUCUGAAACAUAAACUCAGUUAAGUUGAGAAAACUUGCUGUGAUGUUAAGUCAGAUCCGAAAGACUAAACAGCACAUAGAAGCACGCCAGGUUCCUGGUGGUUCGAUUCCAUUCCUCAUUACGCGUACUGCAAACCGAUGACUCUGGAGGCCUUGCGUGGAUGAAGCUCAGAGUUUUAUUUGGACUAUCUCAGAAGAACGCAUAGGGACAUAGAUCAGGUCAUCCAUUUGGAGAAUAUGCCUACAGAUCAACUUUCUUUGUAUUAGAAUGUAAAUUACACCUAAGAUUAACUUAAACCAAACUCUAAUGAUUGUAAGUGGCAGACCAACACCAGUUUUGCUUGAAUAAUUUGUUUUCAAUGGAAUUUCACUCUCACAUGUAGCCUAGGUUUGACCGUGAAUCACAAAGCGUGGGGGGUGUUUGUGUAUGUGAGGGUUUCCACCACCACCUUCUGAGGACCUGACCUGAAACAUUAUGUCAGUGUAAAGAUGACGUGUAAAUGUUUUCAUUUUUUUCUGCCUCUUACCUUUGCAUUUAUAAGCCCGUGUCAUAUCCACUCUGAGGCUGACGCAUUUGUACACAGAUCAUACCUUGAAUGCCUUAUUUGUCCUUUAUGAUUGGUUUCUUGCCUAGUUGAUCUCAAGGUGAUCCAACCUAUUCAGCUGUGUAGACUGGAUCCCAGUUUUGGGACACCUUUCAUCUCCCCACCUGCUUCCCCAGCCUCCUGUACAGGCAUGUCAGGUAGUGUUCGCAGAAGGUAGAUGCUCCAAGUUCUACCUUUUCCCAUCGCAAUGCAGUAGUUCAGGUUGUAGGGGCAGACCUUUUCGGGGAGUAUGGACCACUUGCCUUGCUAGUGUUGCCAAAGGAAGGGACAGCAGGCUGUAUCAGCUCCCAUGGACCUGUUGUGCGGUCCAGCUCACAAACAGAUCCAUGCUUUAUUGCAGUCUAGAUAAGCAGAAAAAAUUUAUCUACAUUCCGUUCCCCCGUACCUCAAUUAGAAUGCUCAAUUAGAACCUCAAUUGUGUGAACAUACACUCGUAAUUCAAAGCAGCAUUGCUUUUAGCAGAUGCAUGCAUUGUCCACCAAGUAAUAAAUGUGCUGUUCAAUGUUAGAAGCAGGUUGAUGGGAGAUUAUAGCAGGUUAUUUCUGUGGCAUACAUUUCUUUCCAGUUAUACAUUCUAAGAAACACAGCUGUGAAACUGUCUGAGAAUAUCAACGUAUUCUGUAAGUAUGAAAUGUCUCCCCUUUUUGUAAACUUGUUUUUCUUACAUGUUUGAAGUGUAUGAAUUGAUCUUUGUCAUAAAAGUGUAAAUCCAUGCUAACUUUUUUACUCUAAUUCUGUCAAAUAACUUCACAGUGCUUGUGACUAUAUACAUCUAUUCCUGCAAUACGCCUGAAAAUCAUUGCAGUUGAUCAGGAACAGAUACUUUUUGAUUGAGCAUACAAACUGUUCCAGCUCCAUUGCUGCAGGACUGCGUUGUGGCUGACACCAAACUGUUACCACAACUUUAGGCAGUGUCUGUGGGUGAACAUAGCUACAUUACAAUUUCUACUUUUACCACCUUUUGCAGAUCUCUUUCAGAGAAAAGUGAGCCUGUGCAGGCCUCAGGAGCAAACAUCGGUAAGUCGCUCAGCUCCUAGGGAGCCCUUAGGUUAGAGGGUGUCACACUGUGCUCCUGCGGCUGGGUCCUACAAAUACCCGAGAGGAGCUUCUCUUCUGAUGUCCUUGCGAUGCUGUGCGUUAUGCUUAACAUGGCAGUACUGCCAGCCCGUUGCACAAAAUUGGCCUGCUUGACCCCGUAGUUUUUCUUUUAAUGUUGUAGGUAGUAAGUCUUAGGUGUAACAGAUCUGUACAUAUCACAAAUGUUCUGUAUAUUUCUGACUUAU